AUGAAGCUCUACCCAUCCCUGUCCGACGACCUCGCCGCCUGGGCCGCGCAGCAGCCCGUCUUCUUCACGGCAUCGGCUCCCACGCACGCACCACACAUCAACGUCUCCCCCAAGGGCCAGACGUCCAGCCACCUCGCCUUCCUCACCCCCAACCGCUGCGCCUACAUUGAUCGCACCGGCAGCGGCUGCGAGACCAUUGCGCACGCCUACGAGAAUGGCCGCCUCGUCCUCAUGUUCAUCAGCUUCGGCGCCGCCCCGCGCAUCCUCCGCCUCUUCGGUACGAGCUCCGUCGUGGAGUGGGACGACCCGCGCUUCGAGGACCUCGUGAGGACGAUCAGUAAGGGUCAGCGGGAUGCGUUUGACGGCGCGCGGGCGGUCGUCGUUUGUGACAUCUUCCAGGUCCAGACGAGCUGUGGAUACGGGGUGCCCAGGGUCAAGCAGCCGCUCUACGACCAGGAUGCUGCCGCUGAUGCUGCGCCCGCUAAGCAGCAACAACAACAGGCUGCGUCGGAAAAGGGGGCUGAGUGGGAUGUCUUUGAGGACCGUCCCACGAUGGACACCUGGGCCGCGAAAAAGGUCGAGACGGCCGCCCUGUUUGACUACCAGAAGGAAAAGAAUGCAUACAGCAUUGACGGCUUGCCUGGUCUCAAGUCAGCGAGGCGUGACACGGGGCAGCACAUGCGUCUGGUGGAGUUGCAAGCGUGGGCGGCCCGGGUCGCCAAGGAAGGCGACGCUGUUGCCGUUGGCUUUCUCGGUGCCGUCGUCCUUUUCCUUUUCCUUCGAUUUGUUCUUGGGUUGCUGUAA